GUUUAUUAUAGGGGAGGCUACUCUCGAUGUUUAGCGUAAAGGAACUUAUUUACAUUGCCAACAUGGACAUCUUUGAAAAAGCUGCUGAAGUAGGCAUUAAGAAACAUCCUCGAAAUUUAAAAGAAGAAGUUACUUAUGGUACUGCAGGAUUUAGAAUGAGAGCUGACAGCCUUGAUCAUAUAGUCUAUCGAAUGGGGUUAUUAUCUGUCAUGUUUUCCAAAUUUCGAUCAGGUGUGACUGGACUAAUGAUAACAGCCUCUCACAAUCCAGAAGAAGAUAAUGGAGUCAAACUCAUUGACCUUAUGGGGCAAAUGAUGCCCAUUGCCUGGGAAAAGUAUGCUACUAGUUUAGCUAAUGUCAGUGAUGAUAAACUGGUGGAUGUACUUCAAGAAAUUGCCAAGUUGGAAUGUAUUGAUGUCACUAAACCAGCAACUGUUUCAAUAGGCAGAGAUACCAGAGCUAGCAGUCUCAGUCUGUCUGAAGCUGCUGUUGAUGGCAUUGAAGCAAUGAAAGGAAAGUGCAAUGACUUUGGUCUACUUACCACUCCCCAGUUACACUAUAUUGUGUGUUGUCAGAAUACAGUAGGCCAAUAUGGAGAGCCAACUGAAGAGGGCUACUACAAGAAACUUUCGGCUGCAUUCUUAACCCUGAACAAAAACAGGAAGGUUAUCAACUAUGUCCCUGAACUUUAUUUAGAUCUAGCCAAUGGGGUUGGUGCUCCAAAGCUCCAACAGUUGUGUGCUUAUCUAGGUGAUGUUUUGAAAAUCAAUGUUUGUAAUAAUGGCUCUGGCAAAUUAAAUUAUCAGUGUGGUGCUGACUUUGUCAAAGUUUCACAGAUGCAGCCUGUAGGUUUGAACCUUGAACCUGGUAUGCGGUGUGCUUCCUUUGAUGGAGAUGGAGAUAGAUUAGUUUAUUAUUAUAAAACUUCUGAAGGGAAAUUUGCUCUUCUUGAUGGGGAUAAAAUAGCUACUUUGUUUGCUGCUUACUUGAAUGACCUUCUUAAGUCUAGUCAACUGAAAUUAAAUAUGGGCUUGGUUCAGACAGCCUAUGCCAAUGGAAGCUCAACCAAUUAUAUCAAUGAUGUCAUGAAAAUCCCAGUUGCAUGUGUCCCAACAGGUGUCAAAUACCUGCAUCAUAAGGCUCAGGAUUUUGAUAUUGGUGUCUACUUUGAGGCUAAUGGACAUGGGACAGUUUUGUUUAGUCAAACUGCACAGAAACUAAUCAGAAACCAAGCUUCAGACAACAGCCUUGAUGAAGUCACAAGAGAUGCAGCAGUCCGGCUGGCUACCAUUAUGGACCUUAUCAAUCAGACAGUUGGUGAUGCUAUAUCAGAUAUGCUUGUAGUGGAGACAAUUUUAGCAUCAAAAGACUGGACUUGUGAAGACUGGGAUUCUGCAUACACUGAUUUACCCUCAAGACAAAUAAAAAUAAAGGUUGAGAAUCGUUUACUUGUGGAAACAACUGAUGCUGAAAGGAGAACCACCAAACCUGCAGGUCUACAAGAAGCUAUUGAUGAAGUUGUUGCUGGUUAUAAACAUGGUAGAGCCUUUGCAAGACCUUCUGGAACAGAAGAUGUUGUCAGGGUUUAUGCUGAGGCUGAUACCCAGGCUAAUGCUGAUAAACUGGCUUGUGAGGUUGGAUUGCGUGUGUACAAUCUGGCAAGGGGAAUAGGAGAGAAACCUUCAGUAUAACUUAUUGUUGGAUAGAUGUUAACCUGUUGUUUUUUUGUGCCUUCCUGGAAUGGUCAAAUAUUUUAUUAUUGUGAUAUGUCAUUGGGAAAAAUAUUCAGAUGUAUUAUUGUGUGUAUGAUAAUAAUUAUUGCUUGAUGAUAUUUUUAGAAUAUAAUCUAGUUUUCUUUUCAAAGAUACAUGAUCAAAUUACUUCAAUACAUUCCUGUGUUAAGCAUAACCAAUGGAUUUUUAAAAAAUAAGAAUUGCCAUCAUCAUUGCCAAAUCAAGGCAUUCGUUCAUUCAUUCUCUACUGCACAGAGAACUGUAAUCAAAUAGGAUUGCUGGUUUUAAAAAAUUUAGUAUUGUGUUGAGCACAAUAAAACAGUUCAUGACCUUCUAAAUACAGUUUAUAUUUGUAUCAGAUAUCUAGAAUGGAAAACAUAAGUAGAAUGAUACUUAAAAUUAUUUAAUUUUAAAGUUCAUCUACAAAAAGCAUACAAGAGACCCCCCCCCCUUUCCCGUUUCUUUUUUAAGAAGCAAAAUGGGUCACAAAAGUGAAUUGAGAAAAUUAUUUUUAUCUUGCAUUAAAUAAAAAGCAUCAAGAUGUAGAAAUUCUGACAAAUCUCAAAUAUUUUUUUUACAAAUUUGCAUCAUGAAAAUGCUUGACAGAGCUAAGACAUGUUGAAAUUAAACUAUUUUGGUUCAUUUUUGCAUUAUCAGCAUUACUUUUCUCCUGAGGUGCAAUAGUUUUUAAAACCAUCCUUGCUGUUUGCUGAAAUGAACAAAUUUGUUAAAAUAUUUUUAUCUCUCUUGCUACUUGAGGUGAAAGCUUCAAUGUAUCAAGUUAUUGUAUUUAUAAACAGAAGUAUCAUCAUGACAUUUGAACAAUUAAUGUGGAGUUCAUCAAUUGAGAUUUUGUUUUGUUCUAGCAACUUGUCUAUAGAAUUUAGAAAUUGUUGCGUUAUUUAAUAAAUACAACAUAAGAAACAUUUUUAAAUUGAUGAAAUAAAGAAGCUUAAAAUAUG